AUGGUCCCCAACGCAGACGUUUCGCAGGGCUAUCGUCCUGAAACCCUCGCGGUUCAUGGUGAUGAUUGGCUGAAUAAGGGUACCGACGUCGCCCCCGCACUUCAUGUCUCGACAACCUACCGCUACGUCGGCAAUCCAGACGAGCUUGUACCCGAGCAUGAACUUCCAAAGCCUGAGUCAACCGACUUUCCUCCAGUUUACAGUCGAGAGUCUGCUCCCAACACGACCCGCCUGGAGGCGUUGCUAUCAAGUCUUCUGCACGCUCAUGCCGUCACGUACUCAUCCGGCCUGGCCGCUUUUCACGCCAUGAUGGUGUAUCUCAGACCCAACGUGGUUGCCAUCGGCCAGGAUAGCGUGGGUGGCUAUCAUGGUUGUCACGGAGUUUUGGCCUUGCACACCAAGAUGCACGGGCUGAAGCUGGCCGACUUGCACAAUGAGUCAACCUGGGACGAGCUUGGCCUGGGCAAGGGCGACGUGGUUCAUCUUGAAACUCCGCUCAACCCAUAUGGAGACGCCUAUAAUAUCAAGGCCUUCGCCGAGAAGGCCCACAAGCGGGGUGCGUAUCUCACUGUCGAUUCCACCUUUGGACCUCCAGGCUUGCAAGAUCCCCUGGCUCUCGGUGCCGAUGUGGUGAUGCAUAGCGGUACCAAGUAUCUCGGUGGUCACAGCGACAUGCUCUGCGGCGUGCUGGCCGUUUCAAAGGAGCGAGAAAGCUGGUUCUGGGAGCUUCUACAUGAGCGCAGCUGUCUUGGCAGCGUCAUGGGGAACAUGGAAAGUUGGUUGGGCUUGCGCAGUCUGCGUACGCUUCAACUGCGUGUGCAAGCCCAGAGCCGCAAUGCCGAGCGUUUGGUCAACUGGCUGCAUCACAGCCUGACAUCCGGUGCAACGGGCACUGAUCCUGCCGGACGUGCUGUUGCUCAGGUUGUGGAUAAAGUUGUCCACGCCAGCUUGCAGACGGGAGAUAUUGAAGAGGGCUGGCUACGCAACCAGAUGCCGAAUGGCUUCGGUCCUGUGUUUGCAUUAUGGAUGAAGACGGAACAGGACGCUCGCCAGCUGCCAAGCAAGCUCCGCCUAUUCCACCACGCCACUAGCCUUGGAGGUGUUGAAAGCUUGAUAGAGUGGCGGCGGAUGAGCGAUGAGAGAAUCGAUGCCACAUUGCUGCGUUUCUCCAUCGGCGUUGAAAACUGGGAAGAUCUGCGGGAUGAUUUGGCAACGGCAUUCCUCGCCUUGACAGAAAGUUAA